AUUUCUACGAAAUGAAAAAAAUGAUGAAAGUUGUUGCUUUCAAAAAAUUUUUGCUCUUUUUUCGCGAAUUUCGUAUCGUUUGUAAAUAAUAAAUUUUAAAUUCGAAUUUAUUAUUCGUAGUGUAUCGCGAAUUUCACUCAGCGAAUUUAUCAAGCCUUCCAUGUAUCGGUGAAUAACGAUCGAAUUUUAAAUCUAGCCAGCGAGUAAGAAUGUGUGACACACCAUAUGCGUAUAGUGAUUUUAAAAUAACAUUUUCGAUAUUAUAACGUAUCAAUCGCGGCGAUUACUGUCCUAUAAAUAGUACUUAGUCUUUGAUCAUCUUCGUUACAAUGACGUUGGAAGCUAUUCGAUACCACAACGGAACUUUGGAAAUAUUAGACCAAUUGCUUUUGCCCGGCGAAACCAAGUAUAUACCUAUUUUAGGAGUCGAAGAUGGCUGGAAAGCGAUCAACAAAAUGCAGCAGGUCCGCGGUGCUCCUGCGAUCGCCAUUGUCGGCUGUCUGAGUUUAGCUGUGGAAAUUUCGAAAGAAGAAUUCGAGAAGAAGAAAACAUUAAGACGAGAAGUCGAAGGAAAACUUAAUUAUUUAAUUUCAGCUCGGCCAACGGCGGUGAAUUUGAAAAUAGCCGCAGACGAAUUGAUGUCCUUGGUGAAUGCGUUGGACAAAGACGACUCGAUUUCGGCGACCGAAAUGCAAACCAGAUUCAUCGCUGAGAUCGAAGCCAUGCUGGAGAAAGAUUUAGCUGAUAAUAAAGCCAUCGGUAUGGCCGGCUGCAAUCUCAUAUUGAAUGCGGCUGUAUCGAAUGGCUCCAAUGGGGGUGGCGGCGGCGGCGAUGGCACUGUUCGUGUUUUAACCCAUUGCAACACCGGAUCAUUGGCUACCGCAGGAUACGGUACUGCUUUAGGAGUUAUUCGAGCCCUGCAUGCAUCUCGUAGAUUAGAGCAUGUGUAUUGCACCGAAACUAGACCGUACAAUCAAGGAGCUCGUCUUACAGCUUACGAAUUAGUUCACGAUAAAGUACCGUCUACGUUAAUUUGUGAUAGCGCGGUAUCCGCGUUAAUGAAAACUCGUUCAAUUGCUGCUGUGAUCGUGGGAGCGGAUCGAGUCGCCGCUAACGGAGAUACCGCUAAUAAAAUUGGGACUUACCAAAUUGCCGUAACCGCCAAGUACCAUUCAGUUCCUUUUUACGUUGCUGCCCCUUUCACUUCGAUCGACUUUAGGAUAGCGAACGGUGAAAAUAUUCUGAUAGAGGAACGUCCGGAUAGAGAAAUGACCCAUGUAGGAAAAUACAGAAUCGCCGCGCCAGGUAUCUCUUGCUGGAAUCCGGCAUUCGACGUUACUCCUGCCGAACUAAUUACCGCUAUAAUCACCGAAAAAGGAGUUUUUAAGCCUAAUGAAUUGCGUGCCAUGGAAGUUAGUUAACGGUUUUUUUUUCUUCUACGUUCACGUUACGGUUACAUGUAUGAACGCAAACAUGUACCGUUGUAUUGUAUUUAGUAUAUACAAACGACUAGCGCUAUUCAUGAUGAAAUUUAUAAACGUUUGUUUCUCUUUUUUCUUCUUUUUAAGGGAGUAAAUUUAGCAAAAUAGAUAUUUAAAUUAAAUAAACGAAUCUAAGUAGAUACAUAUUAUACAAUAUUGACGCGCGUUUUAUAAUGUACUUAUCAACGAGGUAGCGUUUCAUUUAGUCAGCUUCGGUUUCAGUUUCCGAGUUCUCUAGCUCCAGAGUAUAAGAUCAGCUGGAUAUUUCGAUUACACGUCGAGUGAUCUCGAUAUCUCUAAAAUGAAAAUUUAACGUUUUAAAGUGGUUUUUUUUUUCAAAUCGAUGGCAAACGUAUCGUGAAUUAGUUGCAUUCCGCAUUCGGCUAAAAAAGCCAAUUUCUACGCUUUCCAACGUACAAACUCGUAUUAUCGACUUGGUCGUUUCAAUCAAUCAAAAACACUACAAUUUAUUACCGCGUCAAAUUCGUUAUUUUAGAUUCCGGAUUUAUUAUUUAUUAGUCAUUUUUCAUUAUACUACCGUACAGUAUGUGUAUGCUUCGAUAGUAAUUUCCCCCUUUUUUUGAAUUUUUAUUGUUACCCGAUAUGACCGCAUAUUUGAAGACGUUUUGAGAAGUGAAAUUUAUUUAGACUGUACCUAUAUGAUUUUAUCAAGUUUCGGAUAAACUGACGUAUUACCUAAUGACAGUAAAAAGUAAAAAAUGAAUAAAGAUGUAAGAAAAAAAAAGAAAGAUGAAGAAAUAAUUUUAUCGUGUCAAUUAUAUAUUUUUUAAACGAAAUUCUGCAUUUUUAUCAAUUUUUACUACUUUUAUACGAAUUUUUGUAAUUUCUUGAAACAUUUUUACAAACAUUCGCAUUGUGUUAAUGUUAUCUAGCGAUGUAGUCUUGUAUUUUGCAGUUUUAUAGUUUUGACAGUGUUUAUUGAAUUAUUAUUACUAAGUAGGCUAACUGACGUACUCGUGUCUAUACGUACGAAAACGAAAUAGCCUGCGUUAUGAUUUGCGUGCCUUGUGUAUUAUUUCUACUACUACGAUGCUCUCCAGUAUGGCUAGAAUUUAGUUAUUAGAAUGCAUUGUAUGUAAUGUACAUAAAUGUAAGGCACAUAAUUUUGAAAUGAAAGAACGAUCAGAAAAAUUUUGACGUAAAAAAAAGCAAACUCGAACCAAUAAUAAGCUUUCAGCUCGAGUGAGCUUAAGUCGACGAUUUUGUGUAUCCAACGUACCUAGCUACCUACCUAGUUCCUAAAUUUUACUGUUAUCGAUUGUCAGCGAAUUUAAUGUAUCUUCAUCCCUUCUUAUUAUUACUAUUACUCGGAUUACUCUUAUUGUUAUUUCCUAAUUAUUACGAUUAUGUAUCUUUUUUUUUUGUUUUUGUCGUAUUUUUCUCGAUUACAGCUGUAAAUUUAUGAAUCAUUUGUUCGAAAAUUGGAAAAAGAAACACAUUCCAAAUUUUA